AUGGGCUGCUCUGGAGGUUCCGGAGGCUGCGCGUCCGGCUGUGGGGGCUGUGGAGGCUGCGGCGGCUGCGGAGGCUGCGGUGGGGGCUGUGGAUCUGGGGCCUGUGUCCCCGUGUGCUGCACGACCUGCUGUGUGCCAGCUUGCUGCAGCUCCGGUUGCGGCAAAGGAGGCUGUGGAUCCUGUGGAGGCACUAAAGGAGGCUGUGGAUCUUGCGGAGGCAGCAAAGGAGGCUGUGGAUCCUGUGGAGGCAGUAAAGGAGGCUGUGGUUCAUGUGGAGGAUCCUGCUGUGGAUCCUGUGGAGGCUGUGGAUCCUGCGGCGGCAGCAAAGGAGGCUGUGGAUCUUGCGGAGGCACUAAAGGAGGCUGUGGAUCCUGUGGAGGCUGUGGAUCCUGCGGAGGCGGCAAAGGAGGCUGUGGCUCAUGUGGAGGCUGUGGUUCCUGCUGCCAGACCAGUUGCUGUGUGCCCUGCUGCUCCCAGACCAGCUGCUGUGUGCCCUGCUGCUCCCAGACCAGCUGCUGUGUGCCUUGCUGUGUGCCCUCCUGCUGCCAGACCAGCUGCUGUGUGCCCUGCUGCUGCCAGUCCAGCUGCUCUAAGCCCCCUUGCUGCCAGACCAGCUGCUGCGUGCCCUGCUGUGCCCAGACCAGCUGCUGUAAGCCCGCCUGCUGCCAGUCCGGCUGCUGUGUGCCCUGCUGUAAGCCCCCCUGCUGUGCCCAGGCCAGCUGCGCUCACCCCCUCUGCUGCCAGUGUAAGAUCUAA